UGUGUGUGUGUGUGUGUGUGUGUUGGGGUGGGCUUGAAUGCUGUGUGUGCUGACAAGGACCUUCCGUGAUGACAUUCACAUGAUGACUGCUGUGACAAAGAGUUCUGAAAGAAGGGAGCAAAUGUAAAGAGAGGAACUAGAAAUGACAGAUAUCUAAAGAGAGAUUAACAGCAUAUUUGACAGGCCGGUCAAGACAAUUGGAGGUCAUCAGAGAAAAGGCUGGCCCGUGCUUCACAGGGAUGGAAUCCAACAGACUGAGGCAAACUUGGGAAUAUCAGUAACGGAUUGUCACAAGUGGAUUUCUCCAACAUGGACUAGUGUGGAAAGUUGUCACGAAGAAAUAUUUACAGACGUUCCUUACUCCAAACAACUGGUUUCCCAUUGUAGAGGGUGACAGUGGACCGGCUGUCAGCAUGCAGGAGUCUCCGGGUGCCAUGGGUGUAGAUGGCAGCUACACCAGCAACGUUCCAGCCUUUCUCACCAAACUGUGGACUCUGGUGGAGGAUCCAGAUACCAACCACCUCAUCUGCUGGAGUGCUACUGGGACCAGUUUCCAUGUGUUUGACCAGGGUCGCUUUGCCAAGGAAGUUUUGCCAAAGUACUUCAAACACAAUAACAUGGCAAGCUUUGUCCGACAGCUCAACAUGUACGGCUUCCGAAAAGUGGUGAAUAUUGAGCAAAGCGGGCUGGUGAAGCCUGAGAGGGACGAUACAGAGUUUCAGCACCUGUACUUUCUCCAGGGACAUGAACACAUGCUGGAACAUAUUAAGAGGAAGGUAUCACUAGUAAAGAGCGAGGAGACUAAAGUUCGCCAGGAGGACCUCAGCAAACUCCUGUAUGAAGUUCAACUUCUGAGAACGCAACAAGACAACAUGGAGUGUCAGAUGCAGGACAUGAAGCAGCAGAAUGAGGUUCUGUGGAGAGAGGUGGUCUCACUGCGACAGAACCACACACAGCAACAGAAAGUCAUGAACAAGCUAAUUCAGUUUCUGUUCAGCCAGAUGCAGUCCAACACACCCGGCACUGUAAGCUUGAAAAGGAAGCUGCCUUUGAUGUUAGAUGACGGCUCUAUCAGCCCCCCUGCAUCCAAGUUCAGCCAUAAUAACGCAAUGGAGCCAAUGCACGAGGCCUUCUACAUCCAAUCGCCAUCCAGUGAUGCCGCUUCUUGUUCUACGAGCGGGCUGACAGGAGGACCAAUCAUAUCAGACGUGACAGACAUGACUCAGGCCAACAUGGCUCUGCAGAUGCAACCUGAUGAGAAUAGAGAAAAAUGUCUGAUGCUGAUCAAAGAGGAGCCUGUGAGCCCAGGAGUGAGAGCGGGAGUGAAAAGAGGCAGUGUUGCUGCAGGAGACGCUCUAGCGUUGAGUUCCCCCUGUGAGGUGUGCUCCUCGGAACCUCCAGUGCUUCCUGUUGCAAUGGUGCAGUCUGUUUUGGAGGGGAGAAGCUCAACUGCCUCACUGACAGAUAAGAGGAGUAAGAGAGCUGCCAUGGAAAGAGUAGAUGCUUCAGAUGCAGUGGAAAACAUGGAUAUGAGCCUGGAGGAACUGCAGCAGCUGAUACUCAGGAGCCAUCAGCAGAGUAGUGUGGAAGCAGGGAGCAGUGCUGUUAUUGAUCCCUUCAGUGUAAACCUGCCUCUGACUGAAUGGAGCUUCACUGAAAUGGAAUCUAACCUCAAAUCAUAUGGGCUCCCAAACCAAGAACCGGAGGCUUUUCAAGCUCCUACCUGCGAGAAACAAUGAUCAGUCCGAAGAUUGGGAAGUUCUUUUUGAUAUGGAAGGCCACAACACAUCCAACCCUUCGUCGCACCCUACAUGACUUUCAUUCUUCCGCCAUAUCGGGCUAUUUAUUUUUUUGGACUUAUUCGCAUAAUCGUAUUUACAAAAUGCAAAAAAUGAACAUCUUUGUGCAGAUUAUGUAUUUAUUUUCCUUAUAUUAACUGGAACAAGUAUAUAACGACUCUCAUUUAUAGUAAGUGCACACUCUGCACGUCGGGCUUGAGCACUUUAGUCUUUCUUUGAGAGAGAAGUCCUGCUGGUGGAAGAGACUUGUUCCUCUGAGAUUGAACUUAUUGCAAUUGUACACAAGUGAACAUUUUUAUUAUUUUACACACAAUACUGUGAACAAAUAUCCGGGUGUGUGUGCAAAGAGAGUGGGUGUAAUGUUUUGUAUGUAAGAGAAGAAAAUGUUGACACUUAAGUUCAGAAUUAUUUUAGGUGUUAAGAUUUAUUGAGGGUAAGUUGGCCUUUAGUAACAGAGGAUUCUACAAUGAAAAUAUGGAAUCAAGCCAGAAGAAAAUACAUUGAGAAACUUUAAUUAUGCAAAACCCAAAACCAGUCAAGUUGGCACGUUGUGUAAAUCGUAAAUAAAAACAGAAUACAAUGAUUUGCAAAAACCCUUUCGAUUUAUAUUCAAUUGAAUAGACUGCAAAGACAAGAUAUUUACUGUUCAAACUGACAAAUGUAUUUUUUUUUUUGCAAAUAAUCAUUAACUUAGAAUUUGGUGGCAGCAACACAGUUUAAAAAAAAUGGCACAGGGGGCAUUUUUACGCCUGUAAAAAAAAAAUUGAAAAUUUUCAAGUGGAAUUCUUUCCCAUUCUUGCUUGAUGUACAGCUUAAGUUGUUCAACAGUCCGGGAUCUCCGUUGUGGUAUUUUAGGCUUCAUAUUGUGCCACACAUUUUUAAUGGGAGACAGGUCUUGACCACAGGCAGGCCAGUCUAGUACCCACACUCUUUUACCAUGAAGCCACACUGUUGUAACACGUGGCUUGGCAUUGUCUUGUUGAAAUAAGCAGGGGCGUCCAUGAUAACAUUGCUUGGAUGGCAACAUAUGUUGCUCCAAAACCUGUAUGUACCUUUCAGCAUUAAUGGUGCCUUCACAGAUGAGGAAUCUACCCACUAAUAAGCCCCCAUACCAUCACAGAUGCCAGCUUUGCGCCUAUAACAAUAUGAAUGGUUAUUUUCGUCUUUGUUCCGUAGGACACAACGUCGACAUUUGCCAAAAACAAUUUGAAAUGUAGACUCGUCAGACCACAGAACACUUUUCCACUUUGAUACAAAGCGGAAGCUGGCAGUGUUUCUGGGUGUUGUUGAUAAAUGGCUUUCGCUUUGCAUAGUAGAGUUUUAACUUUCAUUUUCAGAUUUAGCUACGAACUGUAGUUACUUACAGUGGUUUUCUGAAGUGUUCCUGAGCCCAUGCGAUGAUAUCCUUUACACAGUGGUGUUGGUUUUUGAUGCAGUACCGCUUAAAGGGACCCAGGUCACGGGCAUUCAAUGUUAUGUGCAAUGAUUUUUCCAGAUUCUCUGAACCUUUUGAUGAUUUUACGGCCCGUAGAUGGUGAAAUCCCUCAAUUCCUUGCAAUAACCUGUUGAGAAAUGUUGUUCUUAAACUGUUUGACAAUUUGCUCAUGCAUUUGUUCACAAAGUGGUGACCGUUGUCCCAUCCUUGUUUGUGAAUGACUGAGCAUUUCAUGGAAGCUGCUUUUAUACCCAAUCAUGGCACCCACCUGUUCCCAAUUAGCCUUUUCACCUGUGGGAUCUACCAAAUAAGUGUUUGACGAGCAUUCCUCAACUUUCACAGUUUUUUUUACCACUUGUGCCAGCUUUUUUGAAACAUGUUGCAGGCAUUAAAUUCCAAAUGAGCUAAUAUUUGCAAAAAAUAACAAAAUUUAAGUGUCAUGUCUUUGCAGUCUAUUCAAUUGAAUAUAGGUUGAAAAGGAUUUGCAAAUCAUUGUAUUCUGUUUUUAUUUACAAUUGACACAACGUGCCAACUUCACUGGUUUUGGGUUUUGUACAUCGGUGUUACAUGCAGUGCACGUAUGCCCCAAAUAAUCAACUGAUUAUUUCCCUUAUUGCUUAUGUAGGGUCUAAUUGGGCAGCCGGGCGGUGCCCAGGAGCUAAAACUUGGAGGUAGCGCAGGAAAGAUACCUGUGAUAUAAGUAAAAAGUAAAUGAAAACCUGGACAGGGGUUUACGUGUGGCGCACGUAACAGUGGGCUUUGGGAGGUUUAUAUCGAACGCAGGGGUGUCAAACAUACGGUCCGAGGGUCUGAUCAGGCCCCACAACAGGUUUUAUCCGGCCAGCGGGAUGAGUUUGCUAAGUAAAAUAAUGAGCCAAAAAUGUUUAAUGAAAGAAACUGCAGUUCUAAAUGUGUCCACAAGAUGUCGCAAUAGCAAUUCUUUGUGUCUUUGUAGAUGAUGCUACAUAUGUAAAAAUAAAAUAAACCCCACCAUGUUAGUGCUCCAGUCGAGGAAAAUGAGCAAACUACAUAAAUAACAUCCUGUCAUUUGAUUUUGAUAUCAUAUUUUUCAUUUUGAUAGAUUAAAAAUUAACACCAGUGAGUUGAACAUUAUUACUUAAUUUAUUCAGAAAUUAUAAAUAGCAACAAAUAAAAUAGAAUACUACUAACCGCAACAUGUAAGUGUAAAACAACAAAACAACAACAUUGUGAUUUGUACAUUUUCAGAAUGUGUUUGUUCUACUUUUAAACAAAGAAAACAAUCUGAAGUUGUCUUUAUUUUUAAGUUAUCGUGCCUUAAUUGUAUCCGUCCGGCCCACUUGGGAGUUGAUUUUUCUCCAUGUGGCACCGGAUUUCAAAUGAGUUUGACACCCCUGCUCCAACACAUGUACAGUUCAUGUUGUGUACAGGCCUGACAUGUAGCUAGAAAUACAGUUGUGUCAAUUUUCAUGUGAAAUUGAAGGAUAUACAUUUUGAAUUUGACUUAAACAGCAUUACUGCAUUUUUGCACAAUACAGUUAUGAAUAAUGUAGACUGAAUAAACGAGACUCUGGCCAUCAUGACAGCAUUAAAUCCAAGUGAUAAACAAAUCAGUUAAACACUGCCAUUCUUAUCUUCAAAAUGUUGUCCUAGUUUGAUGUACGUCAGUAAGUGUUUAGCAUCUGUUUUAGAACUAGAAAUUUGGGAGAUUCGGACGUAUUCCUUCAAUAUACGAAGAAAAAAAACAAAAACAAUACUGCUCAUGUGUAAUGCCAUUCAUUAUAAAUAAUUACUCCUUAAGGGUGUGUGAAUUGUGUUUGUUUUUACUUAUUGCUUGACCCUCUUCAAAGUGAAUUGUGCAAUACUUUAGAGAACUGCAAUACGUGGAAGACCAUAGGAAUGUAGGAAAGAUCGACAGCAAGUGGAGAACUGGAACUCACCAAAGUAAAAUGCACGGCUCAAGGAGAACGUCUGCUUGUCCAAAACUGUGACUGAAAGGAGAAAUCGAAUUUGUUUUACAAAUUGAUUUCAACUUCUGCAUGACUCAGCUAAUAAAGCAUGUGAUAUGUUGCAUACUAUUAUUUUUGACUUACAAUAAAUCCUUUGUUUCAAGAUGCAAUACACUGUUGUCGAAUGCGAAUGAACAUUUGUAAGCCCUCUCUCUGUUCAGAAAGGUUUCAAAGCGGGCCCUGCUUCUGUACAUCUUCGCUUUGGUGCACAGUAGGACUUUGUGGGAUUUGCACUAAAACACAGUUGUAUAUUUGAAAGUGUACAGUAUAUUCAAGGCGACAUUUACCUUCUAAUUCCUUACAACAAAAUGAGUGUUUUUAAAGUGUGAUGGAUGCACACAUUCAAUUGCUGUUAUGUUGUUUAUUUUGUUUUUUACUUUGAAUCAUUUGCACUGAAACAUAUUAAAUGUGUGUUAAGCAGCUGUUGGGCAGGACAUGUUGGAGCAAACCAAGUAAAUAAUUACUGCAAUACAGUAUAAGUUUUGCAACCCUGCCUUAAAAAGCAUUGUUACACUAUUAACAGUAAAAUGAUAUUAAUCAAUUAAUCUGUGCAAAAUACUAACCAAACCCUUUAAUGAGAAAUUAAAAAUAAUCACGCAUUGAUUGUAUUAGUGCGCCAAUGCUUUUGAAAGGGUCUAAAAUUUGCUGAAAAUGUGAUUUAUUUAUUUUUUACUUUCAUAAAUAGACUAAAGUGCAAUGUUGCAGAGGGUCAAAUGGUACUGCAUUUCAACUGUGAAAUGUAAUG